AUGCAGACCCUGUUCCUGACCAUCACGCUCAGCAUGAUUGCCACCCUGCAGGCCCAGGACCCUCUCUCCUUUGACUGGGAGAAGCCAGAUAUCACAGGGACCUGGUACUUGAAAGCCAUAAUGGGCCCGAACUUGGGAAAGAGAUACAAGAAGACAUCUCCUCUUAUGGUGACUGCCCUGGAGGAUGGCAAUCUGGAGAUAUCAUUCACAUUUUUAAAGAACAACCAGUGUCAGGAGAAGAGAAUCCUUUUGAAGAGAACCGAGGAGCCUGGCAAAUACAGUAUCUAUGAGGGGAGAAAAUUUACCUUCCACCUCCAGGAAUUGCCAAUGAAGGACCACUACAUCUUUUACUGCGAAAGCAAGCACAACAACCAAACUUUGCGCUUGGCAAAGCUCUUGGGCAGGAACCUGGACGUGAAUGUGGAAGCACUAGAAGAAUUUAAGAAAUUUACUCAGCAAAAAGGGUUCCCACAGGAGAGGCUCAUCACCCCGACCCACAUAGCUGUCAGCCGGGACCCCAGCACCAUUACACUGCAUACCUGCCCCCACCACGUGGUGAAAGAUGGGCAACUGUGA